CAGGAAUUUCCCCCGUUACGUGACCCCGCCGUGAUCCUGCGCCUUGGCGCGGGUGCGAAACAGCGCCAUGGGUGGUCAAGUGAGCGCGGAGGCAGAUGCUGAGAUCGAGGGCGAACGGAAGUGGGUCUUCAUCAGCCAUGAUCCCCUGAGCCUCGACGAGCUGAUGAAGAUGGUCUCUGACCCUGCCUGCGGCGCCAUUACCACCUUCUCAGGCACGACCCGUGACAACUUCGAGGGCAAGAAGGUACUCCGCUUGGAGUAUGAGGCCUACGAGCCAAUGGCCUUGAAGGAGAUGGAUCGGAUUCUGCAAGAGGUCCUGGAGGGCGCCUGCGGCAAGGGCGUAAGGCGUGUGGCUUGUGCUCAUCGCUUGGGCGUGGUGCCCCUGGCGGAGGCCUCGGUGCUCAUCGCCGUGGCCAGCGAGCACCGCCCCGAGGGCUUUGCGGCGUGCCGCUACAUCAUCGACACUUUGAAGGCCAAAGUUCCCAUCUGGAAGAAAGAGAUCUACGCAGAUGGCGAGACUUGGAAGGCCAACAAGGAAUGGGAUCCCACUCACAGCUGACCCAGCGGACCAGUCGCUGAUGAGUCGCUGCGCUUUUCAUGGCUGAAGCGUAGCGCCAAGUCGCCGGACCAGCCACGAGCAUUCCUUCAGUCCCGAAUCCGAAG